AUGGUUUUUGUGGUGGGGGUGGGGGUGCUUGGAGGGUUGUAUGAGGGGAGGGAGGUCGAUUUGAGGAGGUUGGAUGAGGAGUUUGAGAGGGGGUUAGGGGAAAAGGAGGGGGAAGGGGUGAGGGGGAAGCGCGAGGGGCGAGGGAUGGGGAAGUGGGGUGAUAGGGAAGAAGUUUGA